AUGGCGGGGGCAGCAACAUUCUCACCGUUCAUCACUCUCACCUCUACCAAACUCCUCUCCUCACUCCCACCAUCUCCAACAUUAUCUUCAUCCCCAAUUCCAUCACUUCAUCAACAACAAUUUACCACUUGCCGCCAUGGAAGCCCCAUACUGCACAUCUGCUACGGAAACUUGAAUGGUUUGACGGGAAAGGAAGCGGUGGGAAUUGAUGAAGCGUUCUUCGAUGAAGAAGAAGUGAUGGAGGAGGAGGAGGAGAGCGACGAAGACGACACAGAAAGCAGUAUUGAUUUGCUCUUCAGAUUCUUACACAGCAUGUUUAAGAAGGUUUCCAAGCGUGCUAAGAAGGCCUCUCGUUCUAUGUUACCCGACAUCAUAUCUCCCCAGCUGCGUAAAAAGCAAUCGAGAAGGGUCAUUUUGGAUUUAGGUAAUCGAAAUCGCAUUAUGGGGCUCUAG